AUGUAUUUUGCUGUUGGUUGGCCCAAAUAUUAUGGCACCAAUGAUAUUCAGACUGGGCAGCCUUGUGGAUUCAAGUUUAACAGAGAUCGCUCUAUUCUUGCUGUGUUAACUGAAGAUAGACUAACACUUUGGUAUUGUCAUGUGAGUAUACUUGUAGGGCGGAUGUCAAUCUGCCCGACGAGCGGCAAAGGCGCGAGAACUGCUAGGGGGGUCCCAGACUGUAAAGUAGUAGCUUUGCGCGUGAAAGGCUUUUUUUCGGUAGAAAUGCGCGGAUUUUUUUAAAAUAUAAAACGCAAAAACAAUUUUUUCGGUAAAAAUGCGUGGAUUUUUUUAGGGGGGAAACGCCCGAAUGCGGCUUUUGAGUAAAUUCUCAGGAAUUUUUGUGCGGAUUUUCGAAACAAAGCCAUUUUGCGCGGAUUGACAGGAAUUUUUGCGCGGAUUUUCAAAACAAAGCCAUUUUGCACGGAUUUCCACAAUUGGAAUUUUUUUGCGCGGGAAAUUAAUUCCCUGCAAAGCUACUACUUUACAGUCUGGGGGGGUCCGGAGGUAUGCGCCCCAGAGUCUGGGGGGGGGGGUCCGGAGGCAUGCGCCCCAGGGAAACUUUGAAAUGUAGAUCCUCUAAAAUGCCAUUUCCUGCAUUUUGGGGUGAAAUUUUGUGCCUGGAGCGGGCGAGGAACGAAGAGAAAAUGAAUGAAACAAGACCAUGUCUGAUGACUAUUUUAAUAUCAUAAAUGUAACUUUUACCAAAAACCUAACCUAAUCUCCCCUACAAGUUUAUCCUAUAAUGAUAAUGAUAAUGAAAUUACAUUUGUAUAGCGCAUUUUUCAUGUGGAUAUGUUCAAGUGCGCUUCUUACAGUAGUAAAUAAUAUACAAAUUAUAAAUAUUAGAUAAAAAUAUAUUACAAUAAUGUUAAGAAUUUAUAAAAGUAUCACAGCGAUAACUAGAAGUAAAAAUGGAACAUGCACAAGCAUUAAUUAAAAGCUUCUAAGAAUAGAAAUGUCUUUAGUAACUUUUUAAAUGUAGCUGUUGAGGAUGCAAUCCUGAUAGCUUUGGGAAGAGCAUCGAUGCGGGACUUAAUCGGGAACCAAUGAAGAUCAUAUAAGACAGGAGUGAUAUGAUCGAACCGAGGAGUAUUGCAGAUAAGCCGGGCUGGCGCGUUUUGAACAGCUUGUAAUUUCCUCAACUGGGUUGAAGGAAGGCCAUAAAAAAGACUGUUACGGUAGUCCAGGCGGCUUAUAACGAAAGCCUGCACAAGAAUCUGAGUUGUAUGUUGAUCAAGGAACUUCCUAAUACGUCUAAUGUUAUAAAGGUGAAAGAAGGGAGCUUUGCAGCAUUUAGUGACAUGGGUGUCCAUUUUCAUCUGCGAGUCAAACCAGCAGCCGAGGUUCUUGGCGUUCUCAACACAAGUAACAACAUUGCUGCCAACACGAAUAUUGUUGAAGUCGAUUUUUUCGAGUUGUUGCCAAGUGCCGAUUAGAAUUACUUCAGUUUUUCCCUCGUUGAGUUUCAGUCUAUUAGCAAGCAUCCAUUGUUUGAUGUCAUCAAUGUACAGUUCGGACUGCAGUUUCUUGGUCGAUACGAGAAUCUGCGCGAAACGAGAUAUAAAGCUGGGUGUCGUCGGCAUAAGCAUGUGCAUCUGGUAGGUGACGCUCUAUUAACUCAAGUAGUUCGCUUACAUAAAGAACGAACAGAAGCGGACCUAGACAUGAUCCCUGAGGAACACCACAAUCAACAUUGAAUUUCUCGGAAGACACACCGCCAACUGUAACUCCUUGUGUUCGCUGAGAAAGGUAAGAUGUAAACCAUUUAAGAACAGUUCCAGAUAGACUGAAUUUCAAUUGCAGGCGCUGAAGUAGGAGAACAUGAUCGACAGUAUCAAACGCAGCACUGAGGUCGAGCAGUACAAGUAAAGUGACGUGUUGCCUAUUCAUGUUCAUAAGUAUAUUGUUCUUAACACGCAGUAGUGCUGUCUCGGUGCUAUGAAAUUCUCAAUAUGCCGAUUGAUUACCAGGGUACAAAUGAUGAACUGAUAGAUGAUUAUGGGAUUGAUUGCAAACUGUCCUUUCGACUAGUUUUGAAACGUAUGGGAGGUUGGAGAUAGGUCGUAGGUUUUCAAAUAUUACUUCCAAGCCUUGUUUCUUGAGUCUUGGCUGGACAUCAGCCUCUUUCCAGACACAUGGGAAAAUGCCAGACUCUAGUGAAAUUGGUAAUAACAGGCAGAAGAACAUCCAGGCAUUCGACGACCAAUUUAGUUGGGAUAGGAUCCAAGGAACAAGAUUUCUUGUUUGACGAGGUUAUUAGCCGUUCAGUAUCAUCAUCGCUCAUUGGAGAAAAUUCUUGAUAAAUCUGGUCACUGUUCAGUGAGACCGACGGCAUGUCAGAAAAAACUGCUUGUUCAUAGGUUGAUGCUGUAUCAAGUUCAGAGCGAAUAUUGAUAAUCUUUUGAGCAAAGAAUUGUCCUAAAUCAUUAGAGAGAGCAUUGCUGUCGUUAUAGUGGGGAAAGGCAAGAUCAGAAUCAUGUCUAAAAAGACCUUUAGUUGCACGAAAUAGUUUCCUCUGAUCUUGACUGUUCUCUGAGAUAAACUGUCUAUAGAAAUUUUGCCGCGCUUGGUCCAUAAGAAACGUUGUACAGUAUGAUUUUUCGCAGUUUUAAAAGCAAGGAAAUCAGUCGGAAGUUUAGUAUGUCUCCAUUUCCUUUCUGCUUUCCUUCUCAAAUGCUUUGCACAUUUAAUCUCAUCAUUGUACCAUGGGACAGCAGGCCUGGUGGUAAUAGUCUUGGAGAUCAGUGGCGCUUGAUGAUUUAAAGCAGUCAUCAAGGUAUUAUUAUAGCAUGAAACCAGGUCUGUAAGCUUGGAUGGUGGGUUUUUACAGAGGUCGGAAGAGGAUAUUUCUUCUUUUAAAGCCUCGAUAUUGACAGAUUUAAGUUUACGAAAAGAAAUAUGUUUCUGUGUUAGUGGAACUGCGUUAGAUUCAAGGUUAUACAAAGAACAGCGUUAUGGUCAGAAAACAAAUGGUCAACCCUCGGAAUGCUGGUGAUGAUAUUAUCAGUCUGCUUGGUGAUUAUUAAAUCAAGGGUAUGGCCAGAGCAGCUAGUGAGUGGCGCCUCUGACAUGCUGUUUAAGUCCGGUACUUUCAAGGAGAUCAAGGAAUUUAAUGUAAUCUAAGUUGUCCGUACUGUCGAUGUGGAUGUUGAAAUCACCCGUUAUUAGGAGAGGGUCGUCGGACAAAGUAAUUGAUUCCAAGAAUUUGGUAAACUCGGAGAAAAAUACACUGUCUUGUAGUCGCCGGAUGAGCGUCUGAGUACGGAGGUCGAUACACAAUUAUUAAAUGUAGGCGGCGAGAUCCAUUAACAACGCUCCAUUCAGAGUAUUCAAAGGAAUGAAGUUCGCCAGCAGCUAGUUUUUUGACAGUAAUAUUCUCCUUAAAUCAAAUUCCGGUCCCACCACCUACACGAUUAGAGCGGGGGUGGUCGAGGAGAUUGAAUCCAUUUGGCGUGCACAAUACUCUAGUAGCCGACUCAGUGUUUGUAAACCAAGUUUCAGUGAGUGAUACAAUAUCUGCUUUGCAAUCAACAACAUAGUCGAUAAAUUGAGCAGCCUUGUUGUUAAGUGACUGUGCAUUAAGUACACAUAGUGUAAACAGUUCACCGAUCCUAUUGUUGUUAAUAUCUGCAGCGGGAGUAUCAGGGAGCAGUGUUAUGUUUAUUAUGUUGUUUUCGUUUACUGUUCUAUUCUGUGCAUAUGCAGAUUUGCAUGGUGGUCGAUGCGUGACGAGGGUCUCAAUGUUGUUCUUUUUAUAAUCAGAUAGUAUAUUUUCUUGUUGUCUCCCAGCGUUCCCAUAACAAUGCAAUAAGCCUGAAUUCUCGAGGUCUGUCAGGAAUUGGGAGCAAGCCAUGUGUGUACGACACUCCAAGUUACGGCGCAAGCUCGUCGACAUGUCCGGAGAGAAAGAUAAGCGGCUACCAACAGCACGCUGCGGUUGAAUACAAGAUGCCGUCUUUCUUCCGUUCAAACUUAAAUUACAUACUGUGUCAUUCCCAGUUUCUGGGGCAGGGUUAAGCGAAAUGUCCAUGUAUAUGGUUAUAUUGAUAACAGGUUCCGAGUCGGGUACAGCUAGGCUAAUAUAGCCAUGUUUAUGCCAUGUAACUGUCUGCAUCGAUCCCGAAGCUUCGAUUUAUUCGACAUUCGCUUCGCCUUCAUUAAAGAAUUUGAAAAAGGCAAGAAUAGUUGCCGAUGCGCCGUUGAAUUUGUAGUUUCGACAUCGGUGAAAGGUUCUGUGAUAGAUCUAGGGUAUUUUAAACCGUACCACGAUUCCAAAGAAGUUAUUAAAAGUAUUAAUAAUGUAGAUUUCAACGGAGCUAAAUAUAACGUGGCCAUGUACAGUAUACUGUCAAAAGAAAUGUGAGGCACGGUGACUUCAUUGGCCAAAAACAUCAAUGAUUCUGUUCAUAUCAUUCUCGAGCCAUGUUCUAUUAGUAUAUGCUCGUUCCAUACAGAGAAGAGAAAUUCUUGACCCAUUGUGGAACGAAGGUAUGUCCUCACCCUUCGUUACCCACUGAAAGAUCUUUCUGCAGAACAUCAAUGACGUAGUUGGAAUCGUUGCCAAGAUGGAAUUUGCUUUAUAGAAGACUGGAGUCCAUCCAUUGAAAUGCCAGUGUGUGAGUACCGUAUAUCUGGCGUACCUCUAGCGUAUUCAGCGUGUGCCUUGAGCAAGCUUAUUGUAUAAACUAUAUGUCCAAAUGCCCACAACUUUUUUAAGCAUGCUUAACUUGUAUGCCUAUGCUUGUAGGCAUCUGAACUUGAUAGAAUGGUAUUUGCUAUUAAAUGGAGUCAUGCAUUGAUGCAUGGAGUGAUGGAGUCACGCUGUAUAUAAAAUAGAUGGCUUCUGUCACAAAGGAGCAGACAAAUUUUGAACAAUACUAAAUUUGCAGCAUUUAAAUACUAAUGAUAUACAUGAAAAAAUUUAUCAAUUUUGAUUGGCUAAGAGCAGUGCAAUUAUUUUGAAAUACAGUGCCAAAAAUGAAAUACACAGUGCAAAAAACAGAAAUUAAUACAGUGCAAAUUUCAUGACUAUUUAGGCUUUCUGAUUGGCUUAAAAUAUGAAAUAAUAACAAAGAUAGCCAAUAAGAUGCAGCAAUUUCCAGCAGAAAUGAUAAAAAAAAAGACAACAUUUAGGAGUGACAGUGCAUAAUUUUUUCAUGUCUAUUAUUAAUAAGUAACUUGUCCUUCGGAUUUGUGCAAUUUUGAUUGUCUUUGAAAAAUUCACUUGUGCCUGUUUUUUUUUCCAAAUUGCACUCGAAACCAUACUAUUAUGCACCAAUCAAUGUUAUGCCCGACCCUAGGGACGGCGGGCAAACCCAGGGGCAUUUGACAUUUUCAAUAUUUUUGUGUCAAUAGGCCCCGCUGUGAAGCAGCACUUUUGGUCAAUCGUAGUCAAAUGCCCCUCACCCCUGAGUUAGAAGAAAACUACAAAGAUGUUAUAAUCUGCUCAAACAAUUUAUUUAUAUUUAUAUAAUAUAGCAUUUGUAAAUUCUGAACGCUAUAAAUUGGCUAUUAAAGAGCCGUUCCCGUCGCUCUUGGAUUCAAUUGUAAUCAUCAUUUUCUCCUUUCUUAUUAUUUAUUUCCUAGUCUGUUAAAUUAUGUACUAAAAAGACAAACGUUAACAAGAUUUUAUUUUAAAAAGCUGCAAAUAAAGUGAUAUUAUUCAUGAAUUCACCUUGUGAUUUUCCUGAAACAUGCCAUGAUGUCGGCUUCGCUUGCGAAAAUGAUAGGAGACUGGUAACAAGAAUGUCAAAACGCCCGACCUUUUUAAACUACCCCCGCCUCGUAAGCUUAUGUUUAUAAUUCAUCUCCCUAUUCUAUUAAGGUGGAUCCCACCAGUAGUCCAGUUUAAACAUUUAUUUAGAUCAGACAUCAUCCUCGCGACUCGCGCGUGGAAUCUUUGUGGCCUGGUAAAAAUCUUGAAACAAGCCGCGGGAAGUCGUUUUUGUAUUUUUAUCUACAAAGAAAAUGCCGGUUUUUUAUUAUAAUCCUAAACUUUUCAAAAUUCAAACAGUACAUACGUAUGUUGUUAAGGUUACAGAACACCUUUGAGUGUUAAUUUUGCCUAAAAUUGUUUUAUUGGUUUCCAUGAAAGCAUUAGACUAGUUCUACUAUCUGACCAAGUUUGGACGAAAAAUGUUGAAAACUCGCAGAGUUAUUUUAAUAAUAAAAUACAUUUCGCUUGCAAUAAGAAAAACAUUGAAAAUGUAUUUUUCUGUGUUGGUGUUGUGUACUCAGGUGAAUAAUAUGUUUGUGAUGUUACUCUGAGUGCAUAUGGAUAUGCACUCAGAGUAACAUCACAAACAUAUUGAAAAUGUAAUAUUCAAAUUCAAUUUUCUCCCGAAGAAUUUUACGGCAAUUACUGAUUUUUAAAGGAGUUGUGCUCCUGCGGGUUUCACAGGACAUAGCUAAAGACGUCAGUUUCAAAAUUGUGUUCGGCUUUGUUCUAAUUUUGGAUAUUUUAAUAAUAAGGAGCAAUUCACACAAACGAUUCAGAAAUAUAUUGCAGUCGUCAAAGAAAUCGCCAUAUCAGGGGAAUGACGAAAUAAACAAAAAUUUCCGAACACGAUUUUUUAGAACAACUAUUUUACUGUAUAAAAAUGAUAUUUUCAUAAAUAUAUCUUAAAACCAGCAGGAACAUAACUCAAAAGCGUAAAGGUACCGCGACUUAAGAUUUUCAUGAAUAAUUCUUACAUUAUGUUAUUGACUUGUUUGUCAAUUUUACAACUUCAUCAUAUUUUGCAUGCACUGGCUAACAUUUGGUGAAAAUUUGAUGAAAAUCGGACUGAUUUUGAGCGCGCAGUAGCGAUUUUCCACAAAACGCCAAAAAGGGUGUCCUGUAACCUUAAUUAGUUUUUACAGUACAGUAUUAGUACAGAGAAAUAUCGGACUGAGGUUUUUUUUGUACAGACCUUUGUACAAAAAGUCUGAGGUCCGAUUUUUCUCUGUACAUACCAAGCAAGCGAGGUUAAUAAAACGUUUAUUAUAUGGCAUUUAUAGGCAUUUAUACUUGAAACAAACAAGAAAUGCAAGAUUUGAAAUGCAUAUUAGUAGCGUCGUACACAUUUGGUGGAAGAAAACAAAAAAUACCAAUGUAUUCCUUCUUUUCCACUAAAAACCAUUCGCAGAUAUCUUAUUAAUAACAAAUUAAAUUAUAAUUUUCAAAUUUUCAAUUUGUUUUGCUGUUUUGUUUUAAAAUGCAUGCGUUUGUUUUUACGUAAUGGACCGCCGGUACGAAUGUGCUUCUCAGCCAAUGCAAAGGUACAGUAGAAAUGCUCGAAUCAAUAAUUGACUAUAGACAAGAUACAUUACUAUUCUUAAAAUCCAAAUUGAAUGUCCCAAUGACCCCCUUUAGAUCUCUCAAUCAUUAAAAAAUUUGGUUUGACACCAACAAGCCGCUCUAUAGCUCGCGGUGAUGAGACACUGUUUAAAUCCUUAAGAAACCAAGUCAGUCCAGAACGCAAGUCGUGCCGAGAAAAAUUUUAUUCAUCGAAGGUUGAAUAUUUAAAAACCUGUUCACGGGCGGAGUGGUGGAAAAAAAGCCAAAAAAAGUCUACAGACCCAAUCUCUCUCUUACGGAACUUGGAUUGUGGAUCCGAAAACAAUUCAACUGAAUUGGAAGACCUGGCCAAUAUGAUCAAUAAAAUUGUAAAUAUAAGCGUAAUUCAGCCUAUUGCAUGGCUGCAAUGUUUAUAUGAAAUAAACCAUCUAUCUACCGGUAUAUAUAUGUAGUAUUUAAAACACGAGAAGGAGUGUUUUAUCAUAUUUAAAACGCGAGGCGCAGCCGAGCGUUUUAGAUAUGAUAAAACGUGAGUUCGAGUGUUUUUAAUAGCUUAAAAUACGACUACAAAAGAACACUAAUUAGGAUGAACAAUUAUAUAAUCAUACUAAUUAGGAUGAAGAAUUAUAUAAAGAAUACUAAUGAAGAUGAGUUUUAUCAGAUAUAAAGUCACUCCACGUGACAUAUUAUGGCUGACAUGAUUUGCCACAAGGUUUAUGAAUUUUUAAUGAGUAUUUUAAAUAUAUUUAUUAUAUAAACAUAAGUGUUAUAUAGAGUUUUUGGCCACUGAGAAAAAUCGUAUUUAAACGCACGUAAAAAAUACGAUAUUUUUAUGUGUGAAAAUAUCAUUUGUUGUAAAACGCAUUGCCACGGACGUUUUAUUGUUUUUCACUGAAUUUUGCUUAUAUAAUAAACAGAAAAAUACAUGGGUGCUUGGAAAUACCAGAUUGAUUUCUCGUAUUGAACAUGAUAUCUCACUCGUUCGCUGCGCUCACUCGUGAGGUAUCAUGUUCAACACUCGAAAUAAAUCUGGUAUUUCCGCGCACCCAUGUAUUCUCUAUAUAUUUACUAGUUACAGUACCACAAAAGAAAGUUAUUUGCAUUAUUGUUUUCUCGCCAUGCAUGAAAUAUUGCAUUUUAUCCACUAUUUCAAUAGCUUGCAGUCAAUGAAACAAAUUUUGUAAUUAUAUUAUAUGCAUAUUUUAGCCAUUUGUCGUGAUAGUAUCAUAUCGUCGAUCAAGAACAUCAGUGGAAGAAUAUGGUGGAAAUGAAGACUUUGCAUGGAAGUUUGACUCGUCAGCCAUUGUAAUAAAGGUAGAAAAUUAUUGCUUGCUUUGAACUGCAAUUUGAUAUAAACAAGUCGUACUGUAUGCAUAGUAGAUAAAUAUAAUACUAUUUAAUAAUGAAUGUUUAUGAGUGCAAUGGAAAACUUUUCAUGAGGUGAAAGGUGAAAUUUUCCAACACGAAAAUAAAUCAAUGUUAUCGAUUUUUAUUGAAUUAAAUACAAAACAAAUAUUUACCUGCGUGUACCCAUGCACACCUCACAUGUUACUCUUAUUUUAAUGAGCAAGGACUUGUGUGACCUUUGUUGUCUUGAAUAGUGCUUCAAGUCUGUAUAAAUUAGUAUCCUUCAAUUUCCUAGACAUCAAAUGGAAGACUGAUUUUUUAUGAAUUACAACUUUCCAAGGGAGACUCAGGACAGCUAUAUGUUCUAAAAACCAGAGGUAUUACUACUUAAGAAGUAUUUUAAUAUAGUAUUGAUUCGUGCCUACACAUUCACUUGUCAUUGGCAAGUACGCACAAAUCUUGAAAACAAAAUAUCUCUACACUCUGUUGCAUAAUAUCUAUAGGGUUAUUCAAACGGGUUAUUUGCUUUAUUCCUUCGCAAAAGUUUGGGAAAGUUCAAAACUACCUUCGUUAUAACAACGAAAAACUCCAGUACCUGUUGGUUGGAAGUUUUAACUCCCAACAAGCAGAGAUUUGGUUUGUGGAGUGCUACAUGUUGAUAUGCUGGAGGAGGUCGGUACGUUCUACCAAGGUGGCUGUAUGAAUCAUGGUUGCGGUUAAUGGCAUUUGCGUUGAUGCACAGAGCAAAACCUCCGCCAAAUAUUGCUCUAUAUAGCGAUGGACACACCAGAUUGCUACCUUAUUUCCAUGAUUAUCAAUUGGUUGUCUUUAUUUGGAAGGGAGAAUAUGGAUGAAGCUUCGGACAAUAAAUCCGAAGAAACAUUUUUUAUAUGUGGACACUCGCAAGAAAAAAUAUGAUAUUUUAAAUUCAGUAGAACCAGGAAGAAUUAUUUGAAUUGGUACAUCUUAUGAGCUUGAAAAGCAAGAGAGCGUAAACAGUUCUAAAAAUCCAUAUAGCGAUGGUAAGGAGAAAAUUGCCAGGAAAAAUAAAUCACUGAACUAAAAAAUAUAAUGUCCUGAACGUCAGAAGCUCCUAAACAUCACAUGCAUUGCAGGCUUCAAUUAACAAAAAAUCUGAAUGAUAAAAGAGGAAACGUAGAGUCGCAUGUACGAUUGCUGCCAUGUAGUUGCAUUUUUGGAAAAUGUUUCCAGUUCCAUCGACGAAAAAGAAUGAAAUGGUUUCAAAUGGUUUCCAGCUCUGGUCGGUAUAGCCACCGUAGGUUGGUUGUAAUGAUUAGAGCUGGAUAUACAUACUUGAAAAAUACAAAGAGAACUUCGACAGUCGGAAAAGACAUGUGCUUACGUGUGCUUACAUGGACAUGCUAGUUAAUAUAUAAGCGAUCAAAUAAACCAGUCAGAUGGAUUUAGUCAACCAGAAAUGUAAAUCACAUUGCAGAAGAUAUUAAUAUUGAAGCUAGGUGAUAAAGACAUAAUUACAGUACUGUAGAACGAGUAUAUGAAAACGAGCUAUAGUAUGAUGUGUGGUGAAGAUUAAGAGUAUUGUCAGACAUGUCAGACAGGUAAAUAGCUAUUGGAUUCUUGCAAAGUGACGUCACAACACGUAUUUGUUGACUUCCGCCAUUUUGGAUGGCAACUUAAAAAUAGUUCAUUAAAAGCAAAACUGUGGUACUAACUGCGGUUGUUGCUUUUGUUUGAGCAUUUUGAAGAGUUAUAAUAGUCCACAUGCAGCUUUGUAGUAACCGGUUGAAUAAAAUAUCUUUGCCACCCAAAAUGGCGGAUUAUUUUUUAUGGUACUGCAGACCUUAAUAUAGGAAAGUGUGUAGAUAGUACCAAGUUUAGAAACGAGACGCAUUUCGUGUCUUUUGCGGUUAUAGUUGCUACCAGAAAUGGGGUAGAUGGCUUCAAUUUUCAUAUCCGAAACACUGUGGUUGCCAAUGAUAACACGACGAUAUUCACGAAAUGUUGCCCUCAGAAGUCUUUCCCCAAUAUAGAGCAUGUCACAUCUGCUGCACAAGAUAAGAUAAAGUAUAUAAGAUGGGAAGAGGUGCACGUAAAACGGUGCUUGACAUUAUACUUAGAUUUAGGUGCCGAGAUUGUAGAAGAAUCAAUAAAGUCACAGGUUUCACAUCGACACAAGGAAACAUGCCACAAAUGAUGACAAAUCCUAUGGUAUGAUUACCACCGAAGACAUUGGUUGAACAUUCAAAUGUGGACCCAUAUCUUUGGUUAGGUAACCACCAAAGUUAUUGGUUCCAUUUUUGAUCAAGAUCACUAUCGCUCCAACAAACGUCUACAAAUAUCCGCCACACUUUCCAUGAACAUUUUCUGCUCUUCAAUUAUCCUGUGAAGCUAGAUAACAAAUUUCGUCAAUUUUUUGAAGCUAGAUAACAAAUGGAUUCCUUGAAACCUGAAAUAUUGGUCUGUUGAAUGAAAGGAAAUUCAGUUUUUGUUAAUAAAUAAUAAUUGAUAAAAAUUGGUAAAAAAUUGCGAUCGAUAAUUUUAUUUUGCCAUUUAGCAAAUAUGUGCUAGUAAAUUUUAGUUUCUCUAGCAUAUAGUAUUAAAUCUAUAGACAACUUUAUGUAUAGUUACUUCCUAUAGAAACUAUUGAGAUGAUCAAAUGUCAUGUGCGUUUAUACCUACUUCUGGGCGCUCUUUCUCCCCCCCCCCCCCUUUCAUUCUAUUGUUCGUCAGAUAUACACAUAUCACCAACACCGCGGAAAAACGUCUGCGCAUGCGUCAACCUUACCUGUAAUAGUAUUGCGAACCUGAUGAGAAGAACACCGCGGAAAAACGUCUGCGCAUGCACCAAAUUAUGAAAAUAUGGCGGGGAAUUUGAAUAUCAAUUUCUAAAACAAAAACAUGCUUAUUAAUUGGUCAAAAAUUAGUAAAACAAACGAGAAAAUAUAGCAAAUGGGUAGACUAGACAUUAAUUGAAAGCGUCCUGGCAUUUAAAGUAUGGAAUGAAACAUAAUUCAUGUAAAACAAUGUUGAUUUUAACGGACACGACUUCGAAAAUUUUUGCAAAAUUAUUCAAAACAAAAAUUCAAACUAAAAAGUUAAGAAAACUCUCGAAAAGUUAAGCUUCUUAACCCACUCAAAUUGUAGAAUAAAUCCUAAAGUUUAAUUAUUGUGAACACGAAAAUUUUUUAUAUUUGGCGACACAGUUUUUUUAAAGAAAUGUAUCUCAAACGAAAAUUCGGAAAUUGUCAUUGCUUAGUUGAUAAACAAAAUGUUUCAGACGAUAAAUUUGUCAACAAUCACCUUUAGUUCAUGUUCUUGUACAAUACAAUUUCUUGAACCUUCUGGCUGUAUUUAUUUCUAGAUUUUAGAAUGACAUGUUUAUUUUUGCGCUUGAAAUCUGGCUGUAAAGACGCACAAUGAAGUCACUCCUCUUUACCGCCAUUUUGAGCCUUCGGAAACGUUCGGAACAGCUUCUCAUCAAGUUCACAAUACGAUUACAGGUAAGGGUGACGCAUGCGCAGACGUUUUUCCGCGGUGUUGAUGAGAAGCUGUUCCGAACGUUUCCGAUAGUGAUGGGCGAUACCAGGAUUUUUAAUUCGAUACCGAUACCGAUACUUUUAAGAUCGGUAUCGGCCGAUACCGAUACCUAUUUCGAUACCAAAAUGAACACAAAAUUUCAAUUUUCGAUACCGGAAGUGAGUAUUUAAAUUUCUAGUAUCGGCUACACGGGUAAAAAUUGAUCAGGUUGUUCGGCGUUGUUCAAAACAGGUACAGAACGUUGUUCAAAACAGGUACUUUAGAUACCUGCCGGUCAGCGGAAAAACAUUUUACAUUACUGUAUGUAACCUAAAUAAAGCUAUAAGUAAACCAAAAGCCCGAAACGUAAUAAAUAUUUUCUAACAUGACUUGACGCACCACAUUUGGAAUAUUAAGAGUUACUUUAGUGGUUUAUUAAGUCUUAUUCAACCAAGAAGUGAAAUUAAACAUGUCGUUUAAAAAAGGGUGCAAGUAUCGAACGAUACCACGUCAGUAAUCGAUACCGAUACCGCUGUUUGUGGUAUCGCUGGUAUCGAAUACCGAGUACUCGGUAUCGCCCAUCACUAGUUUCCGAAGGCUCAAAAUGGCGGUAAAAAGGAGUGACUUCAUUGUGCGUCUUUACAGCCAGAUUUCAAGCCCAAAAAUAAACAUGUCAUUCUAAAAACUAGAAAUAAAUACAGCCAGAAGGUUCAAGAAAUUGUAUUGUACAAGAACAUGAACUAAAGGUGAUUGUUGACAAAUUUAUCGUCUGAAACAUUUUGUUUAUCAACUAAGCAAUGACAAUUUCCGAAUUUUCGUUUGAGAUACAUUUCUUUAAAAAAAACUGUGUCGCCAAAUAUAAAAAAUUUGCGUGUUCACAAUAAUUAAACUUUAGGAUUUAUUCUACAAUUUGAGUGGGUUAAGAAGCUUAACUUUUCGAGAGUUUUCUUAACUUUUUAGUUUGAAUUUUUGUUUUGAAUACUUUUGCAAAAAUUUUCGAAGUCGUGUCCGUUAAAAUCAACAUUUUUUUACAUGAAUUAUAUUUCAUUCCAUACUUUAAAUGCCAGGACGCUUUCAAUUAAUGUCUAGUCUACCCAUUUUCUAUAUUUUCUCGUUUGUUUUACUAAUUUUUGACCAAUUAAUAAGCAUGUUUUUGUUUUAGAAAUUGAUAUUCAAAUUCCCCGCCAUAUUUUCAUAAUUUGGUGCAUGCGCAGACGUUUUUCCGCGGUGUUCAUAUCACCAGAUUUAAAAAGUUAAUUAUUGUGCACGAUAGAGACUGUUCUGUAAAUCUACACGCUCCCCAGACUUUGUAAGUGAAAUUAUAUUUCUCAAUUGUCGCUACAAAACUCUCUAAAGCCAAAAUCCUGCUCUUAUUUUGCGAGAUUGAGAGCAUAAUUCGAGCUUAUACUAAUUGGUGACGGUACGUUUGUGCUGCAGAAAUGUUGGAAAUCCUAACCACAAAAUAUCGUACGAUGUUCCAGCAAUACUAUUGGCUGAAAUAACUACUCUGUCCAUCCUUGGUGGAGUUUCCAGGUUAGAAUAAUAUAUACCUGUCUGUUGGUGGCCGGAAAUUAUCAGAUACAUUGAAACCCAUUCACUCUAAUCCAUUCCCAGCCGAUAGCUUUAAAUGCAUCACAAAACAUAUAUUCAGAUUAAAAGAAUCGUUUGCUCCCAAGAUGUGAGUUCUCAAUUAACAUGAAUACACGACAUGCGGUGAUAUUUUGAUUUUAUUUCAAAGCUAUAGUAAUUACACGGAGACAUUACAAAAUGGACUAGUAUUUAUAAAUCGCUUAAGAAACGAUAACAUUAAAGAGAAUUAUUAAUAGAAAGCAUAUCGUGAAUUCUUGUUGAUAACUUUUUUUCGUAGUAUGUUUUGUAUUGUAUACCAUUAACUCAUCUUCUGUUUUUUUUUCCUGAGACCAUUAAAUGUUUCCGUAUUCCAUAUAAGUUUCCUCUCAUGAACUUUUUCAUUCAUCAUUGUCGCGAAAAACAUUAACUAAUAUAGUACAAAGUCUUUUGUUAAUUUUCUUUCCACUUUCAUUUUUCUCCCAAGUUUGUCAAUCAAACGAAAUGAAAUAUUUGUAGCAAGUAAACUGGGAGUUUUACAUCGUGUUCAGUGGAAUGGAACAGUGGAUAAAGAUCUUUCUCUCCCAGUCUCGUCUAUUCCUUUUUCACUUGACCUGGAAACACCGAUUGGUAAGUGGAAACGUUGAUAUAAUAUUCUGCUACUGAUGCAGUUUUUAUCCCGCCUCCUCAGCUGGCUCUUGUUUUGGCACAUAUCAGUGAUGCAUGUAGAUCAGUGGUUCGGUUAUGUGGGCAAUGUCUAGUAAAGGCGCGCAUAUAAAUUAACUCUUAAAUAAAUUAACUGUUUAAGAUGAGGCAGGUUUAUAAGCAUGAGAACUGGUGGGUGAUUGGGAUAGUCAAUAAAUUCCGCGCAUGAUGUUCCCAUUGGCGAAUAAGUAUUUUCUGAAAGUCUCUGAAAGAUUAAUAAAGCAAACUAGCAUGGAUACCAAGAAAAUGUUUGAAAAGUACAAGUAAUUGUCGCUCAUUGCGUCAUAUUCUUCCUCCUUCACGUGACAAAUAUUUGGUUGCCAAUUUCUAUUUGUGAUAUUUUCUUUCCCUUUUCAUCAUUUUCUACUGCAUGUUUAUUCCAUGAUUUACUGUUUACAUGCGAAAGUACAUGCAUGUUCUUUGAUGUCAUUUUCAAGAGUCAGCCCAAUAUCUCAAGUCGUCAGAAAGUAAUAUUCGAGACAUGCAGUACAGUGCUUUACUUGGAGGGUUUGCUAUUGUGUUGGAAAAUGGACGUGGUGGUUUCCUGUCUGCUUCUACGUCCAAGUUUGAGCCGCAGGUAUAAGUUCUGUCUUAUAUUAAUAUAUAUAUAGUAAGCUAUUUACCUGUUUGAUUCGGGGGGAGGGGGUUUCUUUUUAUUAUAUAAAACAACUAGAUAAGAUUUUGCCGUUGUCUGUUCAGUUAUAGAUACACAGUAUGACGUCAUAAUGUUGGAAGAACAAAAAAACUGUCCCACUCCUUCGUGAGCCACUUUUCGCUCUUCCCACAUUAUGACGUCAUACUGUGUAUCUAUAACUCAACAGACAACGGCAAAAUCUUAUCUAUUUGUCAAACAAGAACUUGUGGUUAGAGCUUGAUAACUGGACUCUGUACGACUCAAUUCAUUACGGCCCGUUGACACGGGCGAUUUUUGCUGCAAUUUUAGUUUCGAUUUUCUCCUUUUGGAGGAUGUGAAGGAGUGGAUGAAUUAUAAAUGUUCCAGGUUAUGAAAUCAGAAAUCCCAUAACAACAUUAUUAAGUAAUCUACUCCUUCAUAUCCUCGAAUAGGAGAAAAUUACAACCAAAAUCGCAGCAAAAAUCGCCUGUGUAAACGGGCUUUUAGAGCGCUGCACCAGAAUCGCAGGGCUGCAGGUUCGAUUCCAGCAGAGGGCCAAUACUUGCAUUUUUCGCUAUUGCUGCUGGUUUAGGUCUAAAAUUAUGUAUAAUCUUUUUUCAGCUACAAAACCCUUCAACUGUUAAGAUAGUACUAGUCGAUUUCAGUCAAUACAAGAGUUAUAUAGUUUUGUCAGAAAUACGAAACUUACAUAGGUGUUUGUUAAUAAUAAUUUCGUGCAACUCUAUUGAGGAUGUUUUCGAGAGCCUCUUGAACAAGGAAACAAACAGAUCACUGACUAUUAAGCAAUAUAAUUAUACACUGGGGAAAUCCAUACUACGAAAUUUGCAAUUGCACCACUAAAUCCAUAGUAUAUCCAUACUAUUUCCAUACUACAUCCACACUAUGGAAAUAUACAAUUACUAUGGAUAAUCAAAAUCCAUUCUAUUUCCAACGAAGGUCCAUACAAUUUCCAUUCUAUUUUUUCCAGUGAUAUAAACAACAUAAGAAAUUGUCUGCACAAAUUGAUGUGUAGUUUGCCUCGUGUGUUGUUUGUAAAUUUAGCAAUGCCGAUAGUAGAGUAUUGCACUCAGAUAUUUUGUUUUUAUUUCCAGGAUGUUCUUGCCAUUUGGGCUCGAGACUUGACGCACGCCACAUGUGUUAAAGUUAACCAUAAGUUUCGUAUUAUUGCCUAUGGCUGUACUCAGUAAGUGCUUCAUUAAAUCAUGAAAAUAUGUAGAGGUUAUAGUAGUAUGUAGUAUAGUUGAGAGUAUUGCUUAUUGGCCUCUGCAGUACUGUACACUCUCUAAAUACUCUGGUUAAACUUUUCCUGGUUAUUAACCUAGAAAUACCUCCUUUUCAUUUUAACGUUUAUCCUGAUAUAUAGUCUGGUUAAUUUGACCAUGCAUGUCUUUCUGGUCAAAUAAAGCUAGAUUCCUGGUUAGACUAACCAGACUUGCAUGUGGUAGGAAGUGAUAUAAUAACCAGUAAAUUUAACCAGGAAUAUUAAAUUAACCCAAAUAAUAUUCUAGGUUAAUCAGGACAUCUUAAUCAGCAAAUUUAGCCUAAAUCAUCAUCAUCUGUUUAUCUCGUCGAAUAUGUGACAUGGAUAUUCCGAGUUCAGUGUAUAAUAAUUAUACUUCAAACACUCAUUAAUAAUUGAUAAGCUUAUUGGCAAAUCAUUUCAACCAUAAUAUGUCACGUGCAGUGGCUUUAAACCUGAUAAAACACUCCUAAUUAGUAUACUUUAUAUAAAGAAUACUGAUAAGGCAGUAUCUAAUAUAGUUGUGUGCUCAUUAGUAUUCUUUAUAUGAAGAAUACUAAUAAGGCAGUAUAUCCAUUGAAUUUGUAGUCGUGUUUGAAGCCGUUUAAUUAAUAAACUCGCAGGACGUGUUUUAUUAGGUCUAAAGCCACUCGCGCUGCGCGCUCGUGGCUUUCAACCUAACAAGACGCCCGCUCGGCGUUAACCUCGGGUCGGUGGAUAGGGCAUCGUCUGGUAAAUAUGCAAAAAUCGUGUAAAUCACGAUAGUUUAAUAGUUCGCUAGUAUAAAUGUUGAAUCAGUCAAUCAAAGCUCCGUUUUAACAUUUUAUUGAUAAUAGUUAAAUACAGGAACAAUUUAGAGAAUUUACUGACGCAAUUAUUUAACUGUAUUUAUUCAUUAUUUGGGAUAUUUUGUGGACGAGUGAAUGAUAUACAUAGCUACUUCACUACUUCAUCUUGUAUUUAGUAACACUAACAGACAAUAUUAUCAGUCUAUUCGUUGAUUGCACAUAGCAGAACGACAGUCACUUCAGAUAUUUUUAAAAUAUAUCAAAGUACCGAAAAUAUAAUUAGGUGCAUAUAACUGAUCCAUCAUUAGUAAUAGUUGUACCACAGUCGAAGAAUGUAAUGAGUGGACAGUUGGAAAAAUUGUUGUCUACCAGUUACAGUAAGAACCAUCCAUAAAAUGCUUAGCAGUAUCAAACAAGUGAAAAUUGGCCGCGGUAUUCCCAUGCUAUGCAUACGAAGUAUUGCACAUUAUGUCAACAUAUACUCGACAAUAGUUAUCCAGCUAAACAUGUAUGUCAAAAUUAUCACAUCUUCUGGUUUUAAAUCAACAAUUUUGACGGAUUUUGUGCAAGAACAGCUUCGGGUUCCGUUUCGCUUUGGCCGAUGCUUGAAAUUUCCCGGAAUUACAUACACUUAUUUACCGGAAGUUGUCGUCUCCUCCGCAAGCUCUUCGACUACGCGCGCGGCUCGACACAAAAUGGAGAAAAAAAAUAGGAGCCGAAUUUAUGACGUCGGUGUCGUACCGACCCGAGGUAACAAAACACUCCUGCUCGUUUAUUAAACAGUACUUAAUUAUCAUAUUUCUGAGUGCCUCAAUCGGGUAUUCCCAGUGAAAUGAAUAUAACUUGAACGCUACCUGUAAUAGGAAAUUUAGAGUUCCCUCCCUGAACUGGCCUCGCGGAUCUUGACCCAGACUUGGCUUCAAGAAAAAGAUAUAGUCAGUUUUUCUGAAGGUAGCGUUCCAGUUAUAUUCAUUUCACUGAGUAUUCCAUUGCUUCAGUGGUAACAAAGCCUUACUGUAUGUUCGAUACUCGGUUGGGAUAAUCCGAAAAGAGGGAAAAAGAAAGGGGAGCGGGACGUGAAAGGUCUCCCCAAGCUACACUAAGUGGGUUGAAUUUGAGAGCAAACAGCUCAGGUAAUUGAUUACUCCCUCACUUUAUGGGCCCUUAGCAGCCCCACGGCAGGCUGCCGGAUAUUCUGUUACUGUAUAUGUCAUUAUUAUAGGUCGUCAUGCAAUCCGAAAUAUGGGAAUCACAAUUAAAUUCUUUUCACUAAAACCAUAUUAGGACUGCAGUGAGAAGGUUUAAUCUCCCAGUAUUUAUCGGACGAGGGGCUUGUAUUAAUACAAUGUAUUUGAUAUAUUUUAGUGGUGGCUGUAUGUUGUACUCGUUUGAUGAGGUAACUGGAGCUUUGCAGUUUUCACACAAGAUUGAACUACAGACCAAACAUUUGCUGAGUAUCCUUUUUGUAUUUUCCCCUGAUUUUUAUAGCACCAAUUACAUGUAAAUUAUUCCACUAUGGUCCAUGUAUGGUAUAGCUUUGAAACUACUGUGCUAUAAAUGUUUAGUUUUGUAAAGUACACCAUGUUUUUUAUUUGUCAAAGCUUUCGAUCUGCAAGCCCGUUGAAGAUUGUUGCUUUCAGCAUGGCCGGGGAGCAAGCGCAACUGCCCCGAGAAAAUUUAACUUACUAAUUUUAUAAUAAAUAAUUUUGUGUUUUUAAUUUAAAUCAAGGAUCACACAAAAGGUUUUUGAUAAUAUUUUAAAAAAAAUUUGUUUUUUUAAAAUAAAAAAAUUUUGCUAAAAUAAAAAUAUUAUCAAAAACCUCAAUUUUAUAAUGUUAUUAUAAAUUAUGAACUAAGCUAAAUGGCGCUUCUAAUCUUGCGAGUCAGAAUGUAUGAUUCUGUAUGGGUGGCCAUAAUUAUGCAUCUAACUGAUAUCACUUUGAAUGCAUUGAAAUUUGGGUACUUAUUUCAGUAUAUAGGAAUUACUGCCCCCUGGUGAAAAAUUCCUGCGUACGGCCCUGGCUUUCAGUACUGACUUUUCCCUAACUUGAUAAAAGAUUCCAGCAAUCCAGUGGAUACUGUAGAAACUCUGUGUUUUAGUCCUGAUGGUCAUGUCUUAGCCGUAUCCUGGCUUGGAGGUGGUCUGGCUGUUUGGAGUGUUUUUGGUUCUCUUCUUUUCUGUACACUGGAUUCCACGUUUCAUGGGUAAAGCAAUGUAUCUUACUUGCUUUUGGUUACAUGUCACGGUAGAUUAAGCUCCUUGUAGCUCUGUGUGGCGAAUAAUUAUUGACUAUACGAAUAAUUACUUCCUGCUGCCCUCCCCGCUCGGGAGAUUCGGCGAAAUAUUACCCGACGUGAUGAUGAUACUACUGAGUCGAAGCUCGCUCCCUCCAGGUCUAUAAAAAUAGGACUGAUGAAGAAACAGGCUUAUCGAUGAAAAACUCUGUAAAUAAUAAAUGUACGUGGUGUUUCCGCAAACCAAAACUGAUAUUACACCAGAUUACCAUACGUUUUGUCUCGUGUUUUUGAGUCAAAGUUUUUGCAUUGAGUACUCCUUUUCCUAUUUUACUUCGUAUUUUACCAAGAAGACGUUCUACAGUCUGCCUGAAUAUUUGAUAUGUCAAUCAUUGUUUGUAUUAAUAUUCGAAUGCUAUUUUUUAUUAGGUCACAAAGCGAUGUUUUCUGUAGUAAACCAUGGCAUGUCAGUGCAAUGGUAAGUUAUCAUUCAGGGACAUUUGUGUGCAAAUUGGAAUGUCUUCAGACGUCAUUCUAAACUUAUCUAUGUAUUAUGCAUUAUAUAUCAUGAAAUGACCUAAAUAUUCUCUCACUUUAGGAAUGGGGUGUUGAAGGUUACAACUUGUUAUUGGCAAUAGAGAAACCUACAGAAGAUGGAUGGAGCGGGACUGGUUUGUACAAAGAUUCUUAGAAUGUUAAUCAUGAAAACCUGAUUGGUUAUUAUUAAAGCAAUUUUGCAUUAUACGAUAAGAUUUGAGAUACUUUAUUAUAGUUCCCUAAAAAGGGCUCUUCCGCACAAUUAAUAAAUACAAUAUACUAUCUAAUUAAAAACAAUUAACGCAAUGAGUUCUUUCUGAGUUGUCGAAGUCUUAAAAAAUCAUUAUCACGAGGCAAACCAACAGCAUAAAUUGAAAUUUUCAACGGAAUCAACGCCGAAUAACAAGGCCAGAAUAUGUUGGCAAGGGAAUUCCCAGCCUCAAGAGUCUUCACUAGUGUGCAUGUACUAGACUAUACAUUAUAUGUAGUGGAGAAGACGGUGGGUUGGGAGGCACUGUAUGGAUACAUCCACAUACCAACACCUUUGGAUGAAUGCUUACUGUCCGUUGUUUAGAGUGUGUUAGUUACCAGUUCGUUUUGUUUUUUCCCAGGUGAAAUUGUGCAUAUCCCAUUUGUUAAGAGCGUGUUGACCGCUAACCCUUGCGUUGUGAGUAAAAGUUUAUAUACGGUAUUAAGUGAUGUUAUACCAAUGCCUUUUGUUUUCUUUUUUUUUCUUAAAUAGACUAGGUUUGAAUUUCAAACAUGUUACUCUGGUUCGAGUUAAUGAAUGCAACCCCCGGACAAAUUGCAUUCACGACCUCGUGUCUUCAUCAACGGUUAUCUAUAAGGCAUAGAUAAUCCAGAAGUGUCUUUUAGAUUGCCCACUCUCCUCCGCAGAGGCUUUGUAGUUUGUUUUCUUUUUUCUAUGAGUUUGUUUUCUUUCUCUAUGAGUUUGUUUUCUUUCUAUAAGUUUGACUUGCGGGCAGUAGUGGGCUAGACAGAGAAGUGGGCGCGCGGGGUUAAAAAGGGGUAUAUAUAUAUAUAUAUAUAUAUAUAUAUAUAUACUGUCAUAAACUUGCGGGAUGAACCCAACAAUUGAGAAGGGACUCUUGGAUCUGACGUCAUCCUUACUCAGGGCAAGAUUAUUCAGAUUUAUGUCCAUGCAUGCAUGCAUGCACGCUUUCAACAAACUCCUUUGGAAUGUGGAAACCUCUGUGGUGGAAACAUUGAGUCGCGAAUCAAAUUUUAUUUCGGGGAUUAUAUUAACUUAAACCAGAGUAUAGAGAAACAUCUCUGCAUGAUUAUACCCGCGGGUUGCCGUGAACUUUAAAAAAAAACUUCAGUUAGUUUGAAUUUGUUCAAUGUGUAUGUUCAAUUCUUUUCUAUUUAGGCCAAUCAUCAUCACUUGGUUCUUCAGGGUGAAACAUGUCUGUAUUUAAGUACAGCAGAUGUCAUAUCUGACACUCGGACGCAUCUGAAUGAUGCAUUUGGUAUUGAAGGAGCAGGUUUUGACUGUCAAGAUGGCGCUAGCUCGCCAUCAAGUACUAAACAUUGGCAGAUCGUGCAGGUAGAGUUGCAUGUUUUGCACUUGCCUCACAUUAGUUGUUUGAGGAAAUACUUUCCAGGGAUCGGUUGAGAGACGUGGUUAGCAUAGAUCGAGGACAGGGAUUUACUUAGGUUGGUACCUUAAUUCAUGCACUGACCUUGAAAAACCCACGUAUCCAAGUUUGACCUAAGCAUGCAUCUAUCGUAACUGAUAUGACUUUGGAUGCAAUCAUUUGAGUACUUAUUGUGGCAUAAUGCUCCCUCCUUCUGAACCUGCGUACGGGCCCUGGUUUGGUUGGGUCUCUCCCGCGCAUGCUUCGAGGUCCUCCGGUUUUUCUCUCUAACUAAAAACUAACCGUUAGGUGGUAAACGUAAAAUAACUAACAAACCAACCCUCGGAGACAUUUCUGUCCAUUUCAAGAGUGGCAAAAACAUUGAAGUAAAACUAACCUCAGACCGAUUAGCGCUAAUCCGGGGCUAAAAUACAACAAAAAUGCAACACACUGUUUUGGUUUCUGGGUUCCAACAUAAAAUUUCUGGGUUCUUAUGUAUAUAUAAUUUCAGUCACCCAGGGAAGGUUCGUAAGGGCCAGGGUAGCCUGAAAACAGACCUACGUUUCGCCCGUCCUAAAAUUCGUGGGUCGACGAAAAGGUUCGCCCUUUCCGUCGACCCGCGAAUUUUAGGGCGGCAGAAACGUCGGUCUGUUUUCAGGCUAGGGCCAGGGCAUCGGUUAGACCGUUGGAAAAGCAAACCAAGGGUCACAAAUUUGGUCUCUCUCUUCAGGCCACUCAUUUUCUGUUUGUCAGGUGAAGAUGUCUGUUUCAUUAUAUAGACAGCCAUGAUUAGUAUAGGUAAUCAUGUGAUGGCGAGUACAAUUAGGGAUUAAUAGUACGAGUGAUGUUUGGAAAUUUUGCCAAAAUUGGACGAGCCGCCGGGGUGAGUCCAAUUUGGCAAAUUUCCAAACAUCACGAGUACUAUUAAUCCCUAAUUGUACGAGCAACAUCGCAUGAUUACUUGUUUAUUAUUAGCAUGACAAAAUUGGAUACUUCUCAAUGUCAACAUCAUAGUCUGACAGGAAAGCCCAGUCCUGUCAGACUAUCAACCAAAAUUUGGUGCUUUUGUUCGUAUUUCCAUUUAGUUCUUUUGUUAAAGCAAAGUUUGGUACUUUUGUUCGUCUUUUCAUCUAGUUCCUCUAGGGCAAUUUCAUUUCACAUUUGUAUUUUGUUAAAAUACCUUUCCGCCAUUUUGUUUGUUUGGGGAAAAUCAAUUAAUGAAAUAAUUGUACUCCUCUCGACCAAUCAGCAUCCAGUAAUUUUGUCAUGCUAAUAAUAAGUGUUAGAAUAGACCUUUCCCCUUUUAAGUGAAAUUUUGAUCUAGACUAGCCUGGACAAAAAUUUCACCACAGCUUGAAAGAGCAUCACAAAAUUAGUAAUAUUCCAAAGUUUCGUUGCGAAAUGUUGUAAAAUGCGGAUAAUAUAGCCUUGCGAAAUUUGCAAUUUUCAGUCAUUUUGUAUUACAAAUGGGAAAUUGAUAAUCAGUUUGAUCAUCUGAUUAUCAAUUUCCCGUUUGUAAUGCAAAAUGACUGAAAAACGGAAAACUUCGCAAGGCUAUAUUAUCCGCAUUUUACAACAUUUCGCAACGAAACUUCGGAAUAUUACUAAUUUUGUGAUGCUCUUUCAAGCUGUGAUGAAAUUUUUGUCCAGACUUGUCUAGAUCAAAAUUUCACUAAAAAGGGGAAAGGUCUAUUGACCAAUCAAAGUAGCUUGCUUAAAAGUAGUAGAAGUAAAAUACUGUACUUCAUUUACUAUUAAACCUCAAAAACGAUUAUCAAAGCAAUUAAAUGUUUUACAUACAGUUUCUCAAAAGUUUAUAUCAGUAAAAACUUUGCAUGAUUUGGUGCAUGAUUUUCACAUCUUUUAACUAUUUUUAUUUAGUAUCCGCAAAUUUACAUCGAAAAGAACUGGCCAGUUAGGGUGAGUAUUACAGUGUAACUCGUUAGGAUUUUGGGCAUCUACACUCGAUACAACUAUAAUGAAGAAGGGUUUUAUAGUAGAUGGAAAUUUCGAGUGUAAAUUUUGUAUAUUUAUUAGAUCCAAGUAGGAACAGUUAUGAGCCCUCUGGUUGCAGCGCUCUAACCAACAGCCUGGCGUUGAGAGCAGACCGCUGCACCAGGAUCCCAGUGCCGUAGGUUCGAUUCCUACCAGAGGGUUUAUACUUGCAUUUUUCGCAACUGCUCCUGGUUGGUUCUAAUAAAUAUAUAAAAUUCACCCUCGAAAUGUUCCAUCUACUAUAGAACCCUUCCACAGUGCAACUCUUUACCUGUUAAUGCGCAUGACACUCCACUUGAACUUUUGCAAAUCACUUCAAUAUUUCCCGAGUUCCCGUUUAAAGCAGGUUACAACGUUAAGUAGAUUGUAUCGUACGAGAAGACAUGGUGAAGUUCGAGUAUGUUUUCUCGUUUUCCAGAGUGUUGCUGUUGACGAGUCUGGGAUGUAUUUCGCAAUUGCAGGUCGCAUGGGAGUUGCUCAUUAUUCUUUGCUCAGUCGAAGAUGGAAAUUAUUUGGCAAUGAAUCACAGGUUAAAAGUUGCUUGAUAAGUAAAGUAUGCUCAACGGAGAGUAUUGAAUCCACAUCUAUGACGUAUUUACUGCUUAGAGACGACGUCAUUUUGUUUUUAUUUUCAAAUUUUUAUGUAAAACAAUUGAUAAUGUAUUGAGUAUGCAUUUCAUAUUUCGAUCUGAGCUUCUCAAUCGAGCACCCCAAUUGAGUAAUUAAAGUGCCGUUAAACCUGAGGCUUCAUUCCUGGCUGGGUUAUUCGGAAAUGUAUUUUUCAGCAAAUAUUUUCGAGUUGAAUUAGUUUCUUUCUCCAUCAAUUUUAGGAGCAAAGUAUCUACUGUCGUGGUGGUUUACUUUGGUGGAAGGAAUUCUUGGUGAUUGCUUGUUACAACAUGCAUUCCAAUAGUGACGAGGUGAGAUGCUUAAGAUUUUUAUUCAUAAUGAAAACUGUAACAAGGUAAUCCACUGAGUUGGUGUAAUGUGCUCAGAUACUCGAACCGACCUGACCGCGUAUAGCUCAGUUGGCAGAGCAUUGGGCUAGUAUUCCAAAGAUCGUAGGUUCGGUUCCCACCGUGGACAGGCAUAUUUUUCAAGCUUGCCCGGUGUGGAUAUACACUCAGAGUAACAUCACAAGCAUCGUAAUCCACUGAUCUACAAAGUCUGGUAUUCUAGGAGCCCUGAGAUCAAAAUAGUCUUGGUAGAGUUCUGAUAUUAUUAUACACGGUACUCGGGCAUUCAAAUAGUAGAAUCACUCCGCAUUGAGACACCAAAUAAUUUGAAAACAAAUCCGACAUUCGUUUGAUAUUUCCUGGUUAUAUCAAUUGAACUUUUGUAUAACAAAUCAGAAACUUAAAGAAAUGUUUUGGAGGGAAGGUGCGGUCAGCCCUCUCCCACUGGUGUAUUCUACUGCAGCAAUUGCGCAAUGACGUAAACACCAUGGCUAAAGCGAUGUGAAUAAAGAAGGCUCAUGUAUACCGUGUUUCCGCUCAUAUAAUAUACAGUAUUCUGUACGAUUCAUCAAAUUGGAUGACAUAUGUUAUCCCUGGAAGAUAAUCUUGAAGGGUCUGUUCCAGUGCAGGUACAGUAGUGGCAAUAAUAAGAAAGUUUCAGAUUGAUAGGGAUGAAACUACCUGCAAAAUACAAGAACUUCAAAUUCCCCUUGUAUUUUUCAGGAUUUGCAUCCCUGUCAACCCGAAGCUUUCUUAUUCCUGAAACAUUGUUUCUAUUUUUCAGAUACGCUUGUAUCCACGGUUUUCGAAUUUGGACAAUGCUUUUGCAAGCGAAAUAAGACUCACGUGUUCACCAUUUCUCAUCAACAUCUUGGAUAAUAUCUUGCUAGUUUACUGUUCUGACUGUAAACUGACAUUUUAUUCCUUGGACAAAGCUGAGGGCGAAUCAGGUUUGUUCUGUUAUUGGUGUUACUGACGACACAGGCAUCGAAUUUAGACGCCGCUCUGGCGGGCGGGCCAGUGGUAUAAAAAGAUAGUUAAAGUUAACUAUACAGUUAAGUUAGUAGUAAAUUAAGUAGUUAAUUUACUACUAAAUUAACUACUGCUUGUUGGUUGCUGUGCCUUUCCUGAAAUCUACGGCCUGUGAGUGGCCAGCUCCCGAGCAUAGUGUCCCGAGCAUAGUGUGAACGGCGUAUUGUCUAGAAAAAAUCUAGUUACUUGUGGGAUCCCCCAAGGUUCAAUUCUUGGGCCACUUCUGUUUCUAAUUUAUAUAAACGAUCUGCCUACAAGUCUUGAACACUCGUCAUCAAGAAUGUUUGCCGACGAUACAACGUUAACUGUAUCUGGUAAAUCUCUUGAUGAUGUAGAAGUUGCCAUCAAUCACGAUCUUUCAAACGUUAAUCAGUGGCUCUGUGUAAAUAAACUAUCUUUAAAUCUCGUUAAAACUGAGUACAUACUAAUUGGAUCACGGCAUAAUAUUAAUAAUAUAUUGGCUACCCCAAAGGUAUUUGGUAUUUGUUGGUGACAUACCAAUUAAAAGGGCAAGAGAAACAAAGGCACUUGGAGUCUAUAUUGAUGAGUUUCUAUCAUGGGAAAAGCAUAUUGAUAAAAUUGCCAAAAAAGUCUCAUCCGGAAUUGGGGCAAUCAGAAAGUUAAAAUCAUGUGUAGACCGUAAUACAUUAAUUUGUGCCUAUAAUGCACUUGUUUUGCCUCACCUUGAUUAUUGUUGCGAAGUUUGGGACACCAUUGGUACCACACUUUCUGAUCGUCUCCAGAAAAUACAAAAUAGGGCUGCUAGAGCUAUCGUGGGUCGUAAAAAUGAACAUGGUCAAUCUGAACUUGCUCUAAAUGAAUUAAACUGGAAGCCUCUGAGCGAACGCAGAACCCAGUUUGUGGCAAGUCUGAUGUAUAAAAUUACUCAUGAUCUAGCGCCCUUACGACUUACUGAUAUUUUUCAAAAGACGUCUUCCUCCCAGCAUUAUAAUUUGCGGGGCUCUUCCACUAAACUCCAUUUGCCCAAGCCUAAGACUGAAUAUCUUAAAAAAAGUCUUAGCUAUAGAGGGGCUAAACUGUGGAAUAGUCUCCCAAAUGAAUUAAGAGGAAAAGAAUCACUAGCUAUAUUCAAUAAAAACGUAUGACACCUGGCUACUAAUUAGAGUUUUCAAACCCAUAUUUACCUUGACUAUUUAAUCUAUUAAUAUUUACUAUUAUGUAUGUAUGUAUGUAUGUACUGUAUGUACUAUUAUCUAUUUAAUUAUGUAUGUAAUUGUAAUAACUGCAUGUAAGUAACUGUAUUUGUAUGUUUAAUUUUUCUAAAUUUUUAAUGUAAAUUUGAAUUUAAUGCUACGCCCCCCUUGGAAAUCGGCUUUUGCUGUAGGGGUUAGCGUAGUAAAAUAAAGUUUUACCUACCUACCUACCUACCUACCUAAGUAUGUAUGGUAAUAUAGUUUAUAAAGAAUUUUUGCACGUCAUUGUCACAACAAUUUCUGCCUUAUAAUUUCCGAACUUUCCUUUAGGGAUUCGCUCUUUCAUUUUGUAAAAUAUUAUCAUUGUACUUACCUCGCUUCUGACGUACAGAAUAUUUGUUUAACACCGCAACAUUACCCUGGGUACCGAGGCUUUUCCACGCUCGCAAAAAAUAGAGCUCGCAGAAAUAAAGCACUAUUUAAAGCGCGAGUCAGUCCGCGUCGCUCCUUUCUCGUGGUUUUUUUUUGCGAGCGUCGCUGGGGAAAAAAAGUGAAAUCCAUACUACGAAAUUUGCAAUUGCACCACUAAAUCCACAGUAUAUCUAUACUAUUUCCAUACUAUAUCCAUACUAUGGAAAUAUACAAUUAUUAUGGAUAACCAAAAUCUAUUCUAUUUCCAAUAAAGGUCCAUACAAUUUCCAUUCUUUGGCCUUCUAUGGAUUUUCAAAAUUUUUCCAAUGCGUGGAAAAACCUCUGGCACCCUGCAGGGUACCGCAACAUGUGCUUGAGUACAAGAAUACGCCUGACUUGUUGUUUUCCAUUGUUUAGAUCGUCUUCAAAUAACUCGCAUUCAAGAUGUUUCUUUGGUUCCUCACGUACCUCAUCCACUGUCGGUUAUUGAAGUCACUUUAAGUAUGGCUUGUUUUGAGCAAGGUGCAGUAAUUACACUUCCGUAUGUCGUCAUUUUAGAGAAAUAUUAAGCCUAUGAAGUCAUCAUAUUUUCCUUUUUUCAUGCUAGAGACGCAUCCGUCUGGACGCAUCACGCAACUACUAUAGUAGGCUAUUCGUCUAGUUUAAAGGCGGGAUGAAUAAUCGGACGAUUUGUCUUGUAUGUAAACAUAGUGGUCCUUAUAUGUGUGACUGUCCUUGCCACAAGACAUACCGUCCGUCCGUCCCUCCGUUCACCUUUUUUGUCUAUCUGUCUGCCUUUUUUUUCUUUCUUUCAUGCUUACUUUCUAUACUGUAUCUCUCUUCACCUCUCUUUCUCUUCAAUCAUUCAUUCGUCCAUUUAAUAAAUUUUAGUAUACAGCAUACUAAUACAUUCAACAUUUAAGUACUUCUCAUCUAAAUUACUGCAUGACAGGUGUCUUACAUGAAUCCUUUUCCAAAAGUCCCAUUCGUACCAUUGUUGAUUUUUGGAGCUUCCAUCAAUAUGAUGAUCUUUUUCUAAAUGUAAAUGUUUGUUUUGUUUUUCUUAGACUUGAUAAAGUAUUGUAUAAAUAUUGAUCUAAAUCAAUUUAUCCGACGAAUAAGAUACCUUUGUUAUGCAUGUUCAGUUGUGUUGCUUGAAGUAUUGGACAUAAUGGUUCGUCUACCGUCCUUUUACUGAAGAUGCAUGACCAGACGAACUACAAAUGCUCGCUUAAGUUCGUUCAGAUGAAUCGUUUCUAGUAUAAAAACGGCAAUUAAGCGUAAUUAUAUAGUCAUAUUAUUACUGAACAGAUAACUUGCAGACGUUAUACAUUCUGCGUAUUGUACUGUAAUAUGUUUUCAUACAUGCGCAUUUCACUGUGUUAUGUUUUCAUUCAGGUUGUGUCAGCUCUGGUAUAAGCAGGGUUGAAUCUUUGUUAAUAAAUAUUGGUGGAAAAUUGUUAAUGCUUCAGAGACUUCAUGAAAAGGAGAAACGAAAGAAGGUAUAAGAUUACUUUGGGCGAAACUGCAAUUCCAAGAAUGUUGAACUUUUUCGGGCCAAUUUAAAGUGGCUGCUAUACAUACUAACCAAAGAAAAGUUUAAAUCCGUUUAAUUAUUAUUAAUGGAAUAACUACAUGACAAAAUUACAACAUUUAGUGCUGUUCAAGAUUUAGGUACAUUUGUAAACUUUUCUUUACCUAUAGAAAUGUAUAAAAUGCACAUCACUUGAAAACAUCCUUCAAUGCAUAGUUUAUCCCGCGCGAGCGUUUCAAAUGGCAUACUCAAAAUGAAUAAGUGAUUUUAAGAAGGCAUUCAAAAUUGCAAUCUGCAAAACGAGAUCUUUUUACAUAUAUAUUUUUAGUAUACUCUACGAGAUCUUUUUACAUUUAUAUUUAACCCUAUUAUAUUAUUAUACAGUUCUUACUGGACAAGAGGAGAGUACGAAUGUGAAAUAAACGUGAGAUUCCACGAAGGAGAAUGUUACUAUAAAUUGUCUUUGUCUUUGUUUUUAGAUGCAGUUUUCAGCGCCAGUCAUUCUUGCUUCGUGUGUUGAAGGAAUAUGGUCGUCACUAAAAACAUCCUCAACAGACAAACAACAUUUGGUUGAAGCAUUAUGGUUAAACUGUGGUGUUUCUGGAAUGAAAGUAAGAACAAUGUAGUAAGAAUAGUGUAGUGUUUUGUUGCCUGAUGAUUGUUUUGCCAGGAAACUUAUUAACAGCGCCUCUUGUCCACGUUUAAUUACAUUGAGAGGGAAGAAGUUAAACUUGUGUGUUUUUAAAAGCUUACAAUUUUCCCCUUUGUCAGUUUUCAAAUUCACUGGUACUUUUUUAUCCAAAUUCCACUCGAAACUAUUCUAUAACGUGCAUGGUAUACACUAUUUAAAACACGAGGAGUGUUUUAUCAGAUAUCGAGUGUUUUGAAUAGCCUAAAAUACGACUACAAAAGAUGCCGUCUCAUUAGUAUUCUUAAUAUAAGAAUACUAAUUAGGAUGAACAGUUAUAUAAUGCCAUGCACAUGUGUUUUAUCAGAUAUAAAGUCAAUGCACGUGACAUAUUAUGGCUGACAUGAUUUGCCACAAGGUUUAUGAAUUAUUAAGAGGCAAUUUUUUUCAAUGUACGUAUUUGCGAUGAAAAGUGUUCAAAACCUAAAAUCUUUUUGGCGUUCCUCUCAAAAUUACUUUGUUUUACCUUUAUUCUUUAGUUUAUAGAGUUAGCUACCUUUUUAAAUGCAUCUGCCGGUUGAGAAACAUAAAAUAAUAGUUAAAAAUUGUCAAUUAAAAUACAAUUAUCAAUGAUGCUUUAAAAUUGACGCCAUAUUUACAGUCAUAUAAGCAAACCUUACUGAACUUCAGACAUCAUUUUCUCUUUGGCGUAUCAUCUAAAAUCUCUUCAUUUUAGCAUUAUUUUACAGAUAAAGCACUAAACAUACUUUCUAAGUUUGUUUGCCGAUUGAGAAAUGUAUCGAAAAAUAAAAAUGUUGAAUUUAGUCAUAACCUCGAGUGAUAUAUUAUACGCAUUAGUUUUGAGCGCGUGUUACGUAACAUACAAAAAAAUCUCCUCUUAAUGAGUAUUUUAAUUGAUUUUAGGCGAUUUGAUGUAUUACAACAUUAUAAAUGAUUGCCGAACAUAAUGAUACUUUCAUUUAGGUAUGGCUUCCAUUGUUUCCAGGAGAUGAUGAAAAGCCUCCGAAUUUUUUGUCCAAAAGAAUAAUGCUUCCAAUCCAAAUGUCGUUAUGCCCACUUGGUAUGAUCACUUUGUUUGAUUUCUAACUUGUAUAUAUAUGCAUGUAUACAGUCACUGAACAAUGUCGUUUUAGUGUUUAUGUCAAUAACAUUUCAUACUAUUUUGACCGGAUAAGCUACCUGAUCUUCGUAUAACCAUCAUUUUAAAUUGUUGUUUUUUUAUUUCUUCAGUUGUUUUAUCAGAAGAAGCUCUUGUUGUUGGUGCGGCGUCCGAACCCGUACAUUUUGAUUUUUCAUCAAAUGAAUCUGACUUUCUAGUUUCUCCUGAAGAACCGUUUCCGUUGUAUGCAUUGGAAAGACCGGUAAGCUUUCUUCGCCCUUUCAAACGGAGCAAAUAUGCAGAAGGUGAUACUUUGCAGGCUACUGGAUCGUAAUUUUUUGCGAAGUGUUUCACUUCACGCUGGCCAAAAUACGUCGUUCUCCCGCCCCCCUCUUCAGUGCUUAAUACUUGACAACACAUCUUGCUCCUAAACCAUCUAUUUUAACUCUCAGUCCAACAAGGCGCCAAUUAUAAACUGGUGUUCUGCCCAAUCUACGCCUACAGCGUGAAUUACACAGUUUCCACUUGAUUUGGUUGAAAUAUUGUUUAAUACAAGUCGACGUAGGAAUGGGCGUAGGAAGAACGUGGUGAUGACGUAUAUGCUUAAAUGACGUAUGUGCUUUAUAGUCUCUUUAAUUUUUUGUUGUAGGCACAAGUGUAUCUUCAUCAUCUUCUUCGUCAACUGCUGCGAAGAAAGUGCGUUCUUUAAUGUAUUCUGUUUCAUUAGUUGUAUUAGUAGAAUUAGUUUAUACGGUAGAACAUUUUCCAUGUAUACUUGAGGGACUGGUUCAAACUCCCUGAAAUAUACAGCAUGGGCUUCGACGUUUCGACCUUGCUUGUGCAAGUUAGUUCAUAUACUGGAACAACACAUUCAACAUUUUCCCUGUAGACUAUUGAUUACAUAAAUGGUCUGCGCCAGUGUGGGUGGUGCCAAUAAUAAGAAACUACCUGACUUGCAUCCCUAUCAAUCCGAAGCUUUCUUAUAGAUUUCAUACAGUAUGUCGACCUUUUCAGGGCACUGUUGCAAUCAAACUGGACGUUUGAGUACUGGACGUUUGAUUGCAACAAAUUCCACGUUGCAUCUCUGAUCACCUUAUACCUUAUACCUUAUAACCUCCCUUGGGCAUAGUAGCGCCGGGGACACGUUGUCUUUAACGAGAGAACAAUUAAAGUACAUAAUACAAGUAUACAGCUGUGUUUUGGUUCGCAAAAUCUUGGAGAAUACUCAAUACCAUACAAGUAGCAAUUAUAGUAUAGUUUGGUUCCAGUGUCUUCACUACCGUCGAUUUUACCCUAUAGGCGAUCCUAUAAGAUUCAUAUAGAUCUUAUGAUUUAUAUGGGAUCCUAUAAGAUUCAUAUAGAUCUUAUGAUUCAUAUGGGAUCCUAUAAGAUUCCAUAUGGGAUCUUAUAUGGUUUCGUCUAAUUCAUAUGGAUUCCAUAUUGAAUCUUACAUGGUUUCAUAUGAGAUUCUAUAUGAUUCCACUGGAAUGAAAACAACUAUAGUCAAGAUUUUGAGAUAUGCCAACCAAUACUAGUGCAAUUACCUUUUAUAUGAAAAAUCUCUACUAAAUACUGUACUACUGUAGGUCUUCUUAGACUGACAAACUUUUAACGCUUUUCUUUAGUCUUGGUAUUCAUGCAUUACGAAUUGCUCGCAGCUGCAGUGAACUUCUGUAUUUUCCUCAUGUUUUGGAAUUGAUGCUUCAUGAAAUACUUGAAGAGGAAGCGACCGCUUCUGAGCCUUUACCAGGUAAUGUAGGCAGUAAAAGAAAUUAAAACAAUGUAACGAGCAGAAUGAAAUAAAUCUCAACGACAACGGAUGAAAUUGUGCUCUCAUUGAAAAACAUGCAUUUUUGUUUUCUCUAUGGCUAGUCAAUGCAUAGUAGUCUUAUUUCAUCCUAUAAUAACAGGGUUGCACAAUGAAACUGCAAGGACUAAAAUUGCGUUACUUAAUAAGCUAACACGUGUUUCUGCACGUCGCCGGAUAACUCGCAUGCCUAGUUACCAUGCACUGUUCUGUUGUAAUAAGAGAAAAAUAGAACAACAGUAUAUACUGUAACCAUUAGCUUUUCAAUUAUAUUAUAAUUGUGAGCGCAAACAAAUGAAUAUGACCCUAUAAAUCUAUAUUUUUAUAUUAGCAUAUUAUUGCACGCUGUAGGGCAUUUAAAACAAAGGAAAUAUCACGUUAGCCAGUAAUAUUAAUUGCAUAACUUUAUAAUUCUUUAAUAUUAAUUUCAUUGCAAAACUUUAUAAUUCUUUUAGAUGCCAUGUUACCAAGAAUUGUGGCAUUCAUUCAGGAAUUUCCAGAGUACCUACAAACCGUGGUACAUUGCGCCCGAAAAACUGAAGUAGCCUUGUGGAGUUAUCUUUUUGCAGCCGUCGGUAAUCCACGUAAUCUGUUUCAGGUGAGAGCAUAAGAUAUAUUCGCUUCAUCCGUAUUCUUGUAUGAGAGAUUUUAGGAACUAUAACGCGGCAAUUCACCUCCUACCAACAUUUAUUACAGUUAUUUUAUUACAUCCUUAUUAAUUCUCGUUCCUGAGCUGGAAUUGAGACCGCGUCGUCCAGUUUGCCGGAGUGCUGUUUAGAUGCCUGUGCUCAAUCAUGAUUGACAGUUGGGUUUUGGUGACGUUCAAAAAGUACUGUACUUACGCCUGAUAAGGCAUUUAAAAAAUACAGUUUGUGUUUUUUCGUGGAAACUAUAGGCUGUAUGCCACGAAUAUAAUCUAAAAAAUUGUCUCUGUUGCAAGCUAGGAAAUUGGUCUUACUUUAUGUGCAUGUUCUAUUAUAGAAAUGCCUUGAUGAUGGAUUUCUUGAAACUGCAGCUUCUUACCUAAUCAUUUUGCAAAAUUUGGAAACACCCGAAGUCAGCAAACAGGUUAUAACCACAUUAUAGAAUGACCAAAUGCCGUAAUACUGUACCAUUUCGUUAUUGUUAUUUUGCCACUUUGCCCGAGAUUCAAUGGAAAUGUUCAAUGGCCAUCAUGACCAGUGUAGUUUAGAUCUAUCUCGUCCAUUCUUUUGUUUUUCCAGCUAGCAACGAUUCUUCUUGAGGCUACUUUGCAAAGUGAUAAAUAUGAGGUAAAACAGUGAUUUUAGAUGUUUCAAGACUAACUAUGCUGUUGUACUUUAAAUUCCUUCAAAAAGUAAAAUAAGCUUGAGACAUUGUUGGAGGACUUGCAAUGGCUUUUGAACUCAAGCAUGUGGUCGCAGUGGUGCCAUAUACUGCAUAUAUGUGCAUUUUACCUCCGGGCUUGAUUCUUGCAUUGAACAUGUUGAUAAUAAUGUAUUUCGUUUUAACUACAUGUGAUAGAAUUGCUUUAACUUUAUCCAGGGGCUGGUUGUUCAAGCACCGGUUGGCUUAAUCCUAGGUUAACCUAGAAUUCAAAGCAAACUUCCCAACAGCUUGGUUAUAAACUUGGAAAUAUUUCUUCAGAAAUCUUGUAUGGACCAAUGAGAGUUUUCUUUUCUGAAGUUUGGAAAUAGACAGAUGUGCAAAAAUACAGAAACUAAAACAGCAGAUUAAAUUUUAACCCAGGGUUAGCACUAAUCCAGCUAUGACCAACCAACCCCAGGUAUUCCAAUAAAAGCCAGUUUAUUACUUUAAAUAAAACCUAUAUAUUUCUAGAUUGCCAGAGAUCUUGUUCGUUUUCUUGGCUCAAUCAAAGUGAGUGAUUUUGAUUCUCCGCCACAAAGCCCGUGUACCAAGACGCCUGUCAUGUCAACUGCUCUGCCUUCUCUCGUGGAUGAUGAAGAUGAUGACCUCACCCCCCUCCCCCAGGGGAUACAAUCACAUUCUCAAUCUGGGAGUAGGAUAAGUCCCAGACCGCCAUUAACACGCAUCAGUUCUUCAGAUAAAAUGAGACCGUAUGAGAAAUCACCAGGACGAGGCCGGCAUAUGUCCGAGGAACGAUCAUUGAUGGGGAAAAGCUCUGUAUCAGGAAGGAAAUCAGAUUCGCAAGAACAUAUUGAAGGUCCGGAGGGAUCCCAGCAUAUUGUUUUCAGGUACAGUGAUACUAUACUUCAUGAGAAUUACUAUUAGUCGAGUUGACAUACAUGCAUGCCUGCAUGAGAGUAUUACACGGGUCGAGUAGAUCGUAUUUUGAUCAGGAUCAAAGGAAGCUUGCCUCUCCAUCAUAGCAGGUAUAGAAAUAUAGGUCAUGCAUGUGGUCAAAAUAAGCAAAUUUGGUAAAGGUAUUCUACAAGCAAAUAAAUUACAGUUUUACACACUUUGAUUAGUAAUAGGAUGGUUUCGAGUGCAACUUGGAUAAAACAUGCACGAAUGAGUUUUUCAAAGACCUCAAAAUAACACGAGUCCGGAGGACGAGUGCUAUUUCAAGUCUUUGAAAAACUCGCGAGCGCUUGUUUUAUCAAGCUUGUUACAGAUUUUUGCACUGUUACAGAUUUUUGUACUGAUGUUUGAUAUUAACUGCACUGAAAUCAACCAAUCACAGUCGGGUAGUAUUUUAAUGUAUUCAGGGGCUUCGGUGGGCCGUGGCGUCAGAGCAAGCGUCUUUCACCUCUGAGAUCGUAUAAUCGUGGAUUCGAUUCUCGCUACGGACUUAUGACACUUAUGUGAAAAGAGUGAGUCAACGCUCUCCCGAAAUUAAGUCGUGGGUUCUCCGGGUACUCUGGUUUCCUCCCACAGGGAAAGUUGACAGGGUGGGUUGGGAUUAUCCCCCUAACUGACCCUUCCACCGUAGCUGUGCUCCAUGAUCAGACAUGAGUCAUAAGGUGGCUGCCAGAGGCGUCCUUAGUAAGACUUCGACUCGAUCAGGUUGAGCUGCGUCCUUCGUAAUUCAGCUUAGCUCUCAGAUGCAAGUAAGGAUGAUUAGCACACCCCACUUACUUACUACAUUAUUAACCUAGAAAUAACACAAUUUGGGUUAACUUGAUGUUCCUGGUUAAUUCUCCUGGUUAUUUAACCUGGUCAUAAACCGCCAUCGUUUAUAAUUUUAUUUUUUAUAUUAUAUACUUGGUUAGGUAUUCAAGAGAAGAUGCGCCAGAAGGAUUUUUCUUGGAUACGAUCCUGAACCGUCAUGCCAGAAAAUUGUUAGCAAGCAACAGACUAAAAGAUCUUGGUCGAUUUUCUGCUUAUCUUGAUUUUAACCUUCGAGAAUGGCUUCGAAAGGAAAGGUAGGGUAAUAAAAUAUUAUACUGAGGUAUUAUAUACCGCGUGUUCUUCCAUGUCGCAGUCUAGUUGUUACCGUGUGUUGUUAAGUAACCACUAACGCAAAGCGUAUAAAGGGAAAUAUUUUGUUUAUGCUCAAGGGACCAAACCAUAGAUAUCUUAUAUAGACUAGAUAGUGCAUCUAAUUAUUCUGCAAUUCACAAAUUGAAGCCGUGAUUGCAAACUCAGGAUAUUCCCAUGAAAUGAGAAGAUUCGUAUGUUUUCUAUUUUUUAAACAGGGAACUUAAACAUUAAGUUAAACUUAUUCCAAAUACAUUUUUAAACUAUUCAAAUAAUGAAAGUUAUUGUUGUUUUUUAAGCGUUUAUUAGCGAGUGGGGAAUACCAACAUAGCCGCCAUCUAUUCAAAUGGGGGUAACCGCUGGAAUAUUCUUGGCUUCAAUUUUACUAAAAGAGAUGCGUUAUCUAGUGUAUAUAAGAUAUCUAUGGACCAAACAAAACAAACCUAUACUUUCAAAAGUUUUUCACGAGUUCUUGGAGAAUAAGUUAUAAAAAAACGUUUACUUUAGGAUAAGAAAGCUUCGGAUUGAUAAGGAUUCAACUUCCUGAAAAAUCAGUUUAGAAAUCUUGUAUCAAGAUAUUUUAAGGGCCUUCGUCGCUUUGCGGGCCCUUUUGAGCUGGGGGCUCGGGGCAAAAUUACCCCCUCCCUCCCCCCUCCCCUUCUCGGCAGGCCUGGUCAUCCAGUCUAUAGAAGUCAGUCAGUGAGUAUACAGUUGAGUGAAGUAGUUUAAUUUUUUUUGCUUCUUAAAUGUGAACAGUUCUGAAUAGACCUUAUGCAUGAUGACGUCACAAGGCUUGAUGCCCGCGAGGAAUGCUAGUCUUGGUAGUCAUCGCCCGGGAAAAUUAAACAAUUCAAAAUGGCCACUAUCGAAAUUUUCCCGAGCGAUGACUACUAAAACCAGCAUUCCUCGCGGGCAUCAAGCCUUGUGACGUCAUUAUGCAUAAGGUCUAUUCGACCACUACCACUAGUGUAAUGUUCACUGUAUAAGCUAUAUACAGGUAUAUCGGAACAUACUGUACUGUAUUGGUAAUGUGUCAUUAUAUUUCUUCAAUAUAGAGAUCGAGCAGCGAUAAUUAAUGAUUUCAUCGAGGCAUUUCUUAGCGUUCAUCGUCAGUUUGAUUGGCCAUUCCCUACCCGGACAACCUUAAGCACAAUAAAUUCAGGUACGUUUGAAACGCUGGCUAUAAGUUUACUGUUUGUUUAGCUUUGGCACAGAUGUACGUUUUACUAUUUGUUUACCUUUUCUUUUAUUUCAUUUUAUAUUACAGAGCCUUCGUCUUCGACACUUCGAGCGACUUUUCUCUCUGCCUCUGGUAACCGACUGAGUUGGGAGAAUCACGAGGCAAUGAGCAAUGUGAUGCUAGAUACUGCUGACAUACAAACAGGUAUUCACCAGAUAUAAAAAUAUCGAAGUGCAUAGUCCAUGAAGCCCGCCAUCACCUGAGUUCUGGUAGUGAGGCUUAAUUUGAUACAAACUAUAUAUUUACAAUGUUAUUAUAGUUAGAGCUAAAUUACACUAUAGAACGCAAUUUAAAAUUAGGAUUAGAGAGCAAUGAGAUUGCUCUGGGUAUAAAUGCUUGUUUAUGACUUUCAGUACGAGAGAUAGUUGGUGUGUGCUGUGAAUAAGAUCUUAGGCUUAUAGUUGUGGUCUGAAGACCACAACUAUAGUUGUGGUCUGGAGUUAUCCUUCUUAAUGCGCUUGAAUUCUGUGGCAGUUAAUAAAUUUGAAGCCAAACUUUAAGGCCAGGCCCAGUUUUCAUGCAUGCGAAGAGCAUGGUCAAUUCUUCAAAAUGAAUAUGUAUAUUCUUGAAAACGGGCUUUUACAAAAAAAGCUUUUUAACAGCGCUGACCUGAAAACUUUCUAUUAACGCAUUUAUUCACGUAAAACGUCCUAGUAGACUUUACUUUUAGUUUUCCUUAUUAAAACAGCAUGUUCGCUCCCUGAACUGCUUUCGCGAGAGAGUCACGAAGCAUAAACACGCAAAACAUGUUCCUUUUUGUUGUAUUUGCAGCUCGUUCAGAAGUUGAGCUGAAAGUUGUCCAAGUUGAGCAAUCCGAAGCAAGUUCCGUUUCAUUUUCACUGGACGACGAUCCCGAAGGUUUAGAAGACAGCACGUGGAGUUAUGAUACCAACAUCAAGGACUUGGAUGAUUUUGUUGGUCAAGUUCCAGGAUCUAGGCAAGCGGAUAAAGAAAUUAGGUUAGUUAUUUCACAUGAAACGACUUACUCAAUUUAUAGAAUAGCUAACAUUUCGGAAGUUGAUUCGAUAUGUUGACACACUUGAUAGAAGAAAUAAGAAUUCACUGUAGGCCAUAUUUACGCAAUUAUACAGAUUAUUUUCCCGUCGAAAUGAUAUUUAUCCGGGCCCUGUCUAAAAUAUAAAUAAGAUUAAAAAUUUAGAAAAUACCAAUAUUGCAAAAACAAGAUAAUAUACUGUAGGCUAGCAUGCAGGAGUAAAGUAUCUCCCUGAGGGACGAUAUUUUAUUUCCCAGAGGAAUAUUAUUCCUGAAGUAUGAUAUUUGAGGGAUUAUAUAUUUAACAAAUAUAAAACAUUUUCCGUGUUAAUAUACGGAAAAUAUGUUUUAUAUUUUUUUAUAAAAUAGCAAAAUAGCACAAAGAAAUGUAAAGAAAGAAAUUUUUCGUGUUGACAUUGAGUUAUGUCAACACGGCUCUUAGCCAAUCAGCGUUAAGAAUUUACAAAUGCUAUAUUAUUAUUUAGUUUAUCACAUGGACCGGUUGCCUCCUUGGCAAAGCACGCAGUACAGCAUUGCUACAAGUCUACAAAUGAGUCGUACUUGUGGAUGCCUUUAUCAGGGCGACAAUGUCACUGAUAUCGUUUUCUGUCACUGAUAUCGUUUUCUGUCACUGAUAUCGUUUUCUGUCGCUAAUGUUGCAUUGGGGCAAUGAUUAUUCUAAUAACUUCUGACCCUGAUAGAGGCACAAGUAUAUAAUAAACAGGUUAUCAUAAUCGGGACGACGCGUUAUCAGUUUUAUCGCUUUCAGGACGAUCGUGACAUUUAUGAUAUUGCCCCUCAAGCGAUAAAACUGAUGUCGCCUUGCCCCAUGAUAUUAUCUCCCUGAGGGAUGAUAUUUUUGGAUUUAAUUAUUUACACACAUGCGAGAUUUUGGAUGUGUUAUGGGAUGCUACCUCCCGUGGAUCAUCCCGAAAAUUGAAUUGGAAAGAAACCUAACCCAGGUUCGAUCAGUGCGUUUUUGAAUCCUGUUCUAGAAUAGGGUUUACCCGGGUUGCGCAUCAACUUCAAAAUACUCGCCUGGGAUAGUUUUCGUAGUGUAAAUUCCACUAUUUUUUACGCAGGUUUCUUUUGCAAGCUAUGUCGGAAUCACAUUGUUUCGACUGGUCUUUAUUAUUGUCAUUGGCGUUACGAGAUGCACCAUUAGUGAAUCAAGUUAUUGAGGAUAUUUUACUGCUGGGCAUGGAUGAGCUUGCUUUAGAGAACUUCAUUCGACUCCGAGAUGGCAUUAAAAAUUUGGAAAACUGGGCACAACACGAAUGGUAAGAGUUUCAGCUCAGUGUUUUUGAUCUUAGGAAGUGAACCCCAUGCACUUCGUGGGAUUACGAUUAACAUUUAACAAAUUUACAUAUGGAUAUCAUGUAACAGGGGUUUCAGAAUGAUUUGAAGUAAGCGGUUGUACCAAAAAAGUAGCCGGCUGUGACUGAUAGUUUACUGAAUCGGGCGGGGAGGGGGGCGUGCCCUCGCAUGGAAAUUUAAAAAAUUUUCGCCGCAAAUUAACAAUCAAAUAAUAUAGAAUACGUAAAAAGACAAAGUACAACUGUUAACAUGUUAGAUUUAGAUGUCAUUUGCAUUUAUACUUGUAAGUGACAAUGUACUUUAAUGUGCUGAGCCUGACUAGUAAUUUAGUUUUUACAGCUGCAUGAACGGAAUGACAAUGUACACUAUUAGUAUUAAUUUAAUUUAAUUAUGAGUCCGAAAUCAUUAAUCAAAUGAUGUUAUACUUAUGUACGUAAUGAGUUCACUUCAUCACUUCAUCAUAAUUAAUUCACUGUCAAAGAAUUUAGUCACUUGCCAAAAACAUUUACCAAAGUGGCUCUGAAUCUGACUCGUUCUCUGACUCACUGUCAAGUUCGGAUUCCCACAUUAUACAGUCACUGUCAGAGUCAAUCAGAGUUAUCUUCCAGGAAGAUUCAGAGCCGCUGACUAUUUGCUACGAAAUUCAAGAUGGCGACGAGAAAACAAAGAAUGUUUAUAUUAUCGCUUUUUCGACAGCAACUUAAGAAAGCAAGCUAUGUUUGGUUCUAUGUAUUAUUGAUCCUUUUUAUCUUCCAAAAUAAGUGAUGCUUUGCUUGAAUUCCAAUUGGAACAUAUCAAACAUCGUGUUGGUGCGCUUGUACCUUUGUAUAUAAUUUUUUUCCUGUAACCAGACGAAAAGUAGCCGGCGGUAAAAGUUCAUAGUCCGUGUUCUAUGGCCAUAGUCCACAUAAACACUGUCGGCUGAACAUGGUUUUGUACUUAAUGAAGGAAUAAAAUACCUGUCAGACUCAUUGUGAGACAGAUGUGCUUUUUUAGGUUUUUCUGCAAAUUUUCAAGUUUGCAAUCUUCACCGUAAAAAAUUUCCUGACGACUAUUUUUCCAUCUCUAUUUAUAAUACCUCAUAUUUUGAUUACAGUCAAGGAUACAGCGCUUUCUUUGGUCUCUUCAAAUCUCAAUGGCAAGCCUUAUCCGAAGCAAUCAGUACAGUUGCCACACGGUUAGCUGAGAAUCAAAUGACAAGUCGAAACACGGAACAACAGGAAAAUAUCGACGAAGGAGCGAGUUUUAAUGAAAAAGUCGAAGUAGAUGUUCAGAACAAUGAAGAGACGAGUGAUCCUUACGAAUGCGUUCUCUCAUAA